AUGGACAAGACCAACGCAGAGUGGGCAAAAGACAUUCCGUGCAAAAACAUCACCAUCUAUGGCUUCUGUAAGUACGAAAACGAUGGAUGUAUAUUCAAUCAUGGGAAUAUAAAACAAAACGCGAACGCUGCAGCAAUGUCGAAUGUGAAGUUUAACGCGAAAACCGCGUCUUCUUUCACGCCUUCCAAGGCGUUGAAUGCUAAGACCAGCUCAUCCACAGCGAUAAAGGCCGAGAAAGUGGCCAAAGCGCUUGCGUCGGCCGCAGAACAGCCAACAGUGUCCUCACCUUUGGCGAUGAAAUCAGCACCUUUUGCUGGAUCUUACAACCCUUACGCGGCAAAUUUCACGCCUGUGGGGUCUACUGGCGCCUCCACACCGCCGCCCUCCGCUCCUGCCCGCACCAGCUUCAACCCUUAUUCUGCGUCGGGCGGGCUUUCGACGCCUGGAGAAGAGCUCAAUGCACUGCAGUCUUCUGCGAGCUUUGGGCCAGGUUCACCAGCACCUUUUGCACAAGACACGCCCGGGAGGCAGACGAAUUUCCCGUCGGUAUAUCCACCUAGCCACUCGAUUCUACAAUACCACUUGUAUGCACCAGAUCCGCCUCUGCACUUGAAAGUACCACUAAAGGCCAACGAGCGAACUGCGGAAACAUUAUUCAUUCCGAAUGACAUUCGUGAAGAUCUACUCAAGAAGAACCAGGCCGCGUUGCAAGUUUUCCCCUCCGGUGGGAAUCUGCCCGAAAUCGUAGGCGAUUAUUUCGGUCUGGUACCUUUAGAGUUUCACAGCAGAAUUAACAAGGAUCGGUACGAAGGUCAUCAAAACUCAUUGUACAAAGUAUUUUCCAACUUUGACGGGAAAAUCUAUAUAAUGCGCCGGAUACACGACGUGAAGAUCAAUGAAAGCGUCCAAGUUUUCAAACCAUACCAAGCGUGGAAAAAAUUGGUAACUUCAAAUGUCGCAGAGCUUCGCGACGCCUUCAUUACCCGUGCGUUCAACGAUGCGUCUUUAUGUGUGGUGCACGACUACUUCCCACAAUCGAGUUCCCUUUACGAAACGCAUUUUGUCAGUUUCAGUCCCAUUCCAAUUACCCAAGACUUAUUGUGGUCCUACCUGGUACAGCUGUGUAGUGCGCUGCAAGCCGCACAUUCGCUGAAUCUCGCUUUCAACAACAUCUGUCUCGACAAAGUAAUAGCGUCUGGCCGUCCGGGUCGCAUCAAGAUCAGCGAUUCGUGUGUGCACGACAUAUUGCACUACCAAGAAGACGGCGAUGUUACUCAGCAGCAGCAGCAAGACUACGUUGACCUCGGAAAGCUGCUGCGAGAUCUGAGCGCCAAGAUUCUGGGGUCGCAAGACUCCGGUUCCGUGGAUGCGCUCGUCGUGGAUGACGAUUUCAAGAAAGUGUUACAUUACUUGCUGGACACGUCCGCGGCGGAACCCAAGUCGCUACCAGAACUUCUGGCUCUGUUUUCGCACCGCAUCUUGCCCGUGGUGAGCGCUCUCCAGACCUACGCGGAAUACACAGAGUCGAUUUUGGCGCGAGAACUCGAAAACGCCCGUCUUUUCCGGCUCAUGUGCAAGCUGAAUUUCAUUUUUGGCCGCGUCGAGUCGCGCAUCGACAUCAACUGGUCCGAGUCCGGCGAGAAGUUCCCCAUCAUUCUCUUCUAUGACUACGUGUUCCAUCAGACAGACGAGUCCGGCAAGCCCGACAUGGACCUCACUCACGUGCUGCGGUGUCUGAACAAGCUCGACGCCGGUGUCGGCGAAAAACUGAUGCUAGUCACCCCCGACGAAAUGAAUUGCAUAAUAAUCAGUUACAAAGAGCUCAAAGACCUGAUAGAUUCCACAUUUCGAGCCAUGUCGCAGUGA